UUAUUUAUCACCCAGGAAAGAUGGCAGGCGUGCAACCGCCACCUCUCCGGACCUUGGACGAUUUUCUCCUGACCUCGGCCCGGUUCUCCGUGCCAGAUGUGCGCAACCUGGACCGCUGGAACAACCGCAUCAUCAACAACCUGCUGUACUACCAGAGCAACUAUUUCCUCUCCGCGCUGGGCUUCCUGCUCAUAGUCGGGUAUUUCCAGCCCUUCCAUCUAUUUGUCGGGGCUACCGUGGUUACCUUGUUGUUCCUGGGCUUCGUCUGGGCCGCCGAGAACCAAGCACCCAUUCGCCGUUUCCGCAGAAACCACCCGUCUGUCUCAGUGUUGGCCAUUCUUUUGGCCAGCUACCUCUUCAUAUCAGUGCUGGGAGGCGUGGCCGUGUUCCUGUUUGGGAUAGCGUUCCCUAUACUGAUGAUUCUCGUGCACGCGUCGGUGAGGCUGCGCAGCCUCAAGAACAAGCUGGAGAACAAGCUGGAGAGCAUCGGCCUGAAGAGGACGCCCAUGGGUCUCCUGCUGGAGGCGCUGGGACAGGAACAGGAGGCCGGGUCCUAGAGGAGACGGAGACGAGGAGGAGAUGUGGAGGGGUGAGGGAUAAGUUGGGGAAUGAAAGGAGGAAUGCGAGUGAAGACGCAGGUUGGAAAUGGGCGUGGGAGUGAAGUAAAACCAGGGAUAAGAGCUUUGCUGCAGCGCAAGAGGAGGAACAAAUAGGAAAAGGAAAAGAUUUGGAAAGUGGACGGAUGAGAUGUCAGACGAUCUCAUCCGAUUUUUGCCAAACGUCGCUCUUAAAGCACACCGUUUUGUCUGCUCAUGUACCACAACGUGAGGUAUUGAAGCCAUAGUGUAUUUAGCUCUCUCCUAAGCAUCAUCCUAUCAAGCUUUGAUAAAGGUUCGGGAUUUGUACGGUUUGGGGAAUUGGUUCCAUUUUGUAUAGGAUGCAGAGGAUGUAGUCGCAAUUUUACAAGAAAAAAGGUGGAAUAUUAUAAGAAUAAAACAAUGUGCUAAGUGGAUUAACUUACUGCAUAGCUUUCCACAUACAGAUAUUUGCAAUCCUUGGCUCGGCUAUGCAGGACACCAAAAAUCCGAAACACUAAUUCAAUAUAAACACCAAGUAUCAGAAGCUUUUUCUUUCAGUAUCCUAAAAUCAUUGAGAAUAACAAAAUUGUUAACUUAAUACUCUUGAGAUGCUUUUAUUUUUACAACUUUGCCUUUAAAAAAAAUCUCUCACUAUACUUUUCCAUAAUUUAUUUUUUUCCAGAAUUUUUUUUUUUUUAGAAAUAUUGCAAUUUUUUUCCCAUGGAACUGCACAAUCUCAGUUUUUCUUGUAAAAGUUCAACUUUGUUCCUCAAAGUUUGCUACUUUUCCCUGAAAACUAUCGCUCUUUUUCUUUCGCAUGCCAAAGUACUGAUAGUGCGUCAUCAUCUGUGUAGUAGUUGUACUUAUACGAGCAUUUACAUUCCCUGCAUUAUGGCUACACAACCAACACAAAUAUAGUGCAUACAUACAUACAUACACACACAAAUAUAGUGCAUACAUACACUUAACUUAAACGUUAAGCUCGUGGGCGUGCUAGAUGUCUGCUGGUGUUUAUGAGAAGCAACAGAAAUAGCUGCAAUUAUCUCACCCUAUUGAAAGAUGGAAAUUCAGGUUAUACACCCGGUGACUUAAUAACAUGGACAUUUUGCAGAUUGCAGCGAUCAGUCUGUAUCUUGACAUUUUCCUUAGUGAGUAGCAUUGAAAAGUGACUUAAAAGAAGAGAAGUUAGAAGGAAAGAUUCAUACGAAGAACAAAUUUGAUGUGGGACUUGUUGAGGACCAUUUAGAGCAGGAGUCGUAUAGGAAGCAAACAAAGACUCUACUUCAAACGAAUCCUUUCUGCUACCUAGUUUCUGUAUGUCUCCAGAAUUAAAGGCCUCACCCACAUACCCACUCAUUACAGCCUUCCUCUGCUGGUCAGUGGGAUCUUCCAGUGCUGGCCACCGGUCAACGCUCCACAGGAAGCAAAUGAAUAACUUUAAUUCCUUUAUAACUUAAAUCCUUGUUACCAUGAAGAACCACUAAACGUGAAAUUCCUCGGGUGUCUUGCCACCAUUUUUCUCCUUGUAAUUUGCUCUGUUUUUAGACUUGCACGGCAUUGAUGGUGGGUUGGUCCGCCGCUCUGCUCCAGACUGUAAUAUCCCAACACAGAUUGGGUGGAUUUCAGCGAAAUGCAGCCUUUUGCUGUACAUAGAGGAAGAAGCUCAGUGACUUUAGUGAUCUACAUCCACAAGUAGAGAGCAGAAGCCCUGAAAUCAUGUUUGAGCUAACCUGUAUUCCAUUAGCUUGUAUUCACUAAUUAUUCCAUGGUGGUUAGCUUGUGCUAAUCUUGUUAUCAAACCAUACUGAUGGUAUAAAUUCCGCUAUCAAACGUAUACUUAGCAGUUUGUCGCCACCACACACAAACAAUUUCACCUUUAAACCAAAAUGAUUGCAUUAAUACAGGGUGUAAAACAUUUUUUAGUAUCAACAUGCUAAAAUACGUAAUUAAUGGUUACUGGAAUUGUCAAUGUUGUAACUGAAACAGAAACUAAAUCGAAUGUUGUGGAAAAAUGUUUUAGCAAUGAUGUUUUCUUACUUCUGGAAAACAAUCACACUUUCAAACAAAUACACUUUCUAAAUCAUUGACAUUCCCAUCAGCUAUGUUUUAAGCUGGUAUAGCUUACCAACAUGUUAACAUGCUGCCAAAUGUCAGCCUGUUAGCUUUGUCAUUACGUUAGCAUGCACACGUUAGCAUUUGGCUUAAAGCACCACUGUUCCUGAAGCCUCGCAAAGCUACUAGCUUUGCUGUACGUUAUCAUUAAUUACUUACAAAACUUUGAUUUAAACUAACAGCCAUAAAAGUUUAAACUUAAACUCAACCCAGACCCGAGUGUUAUAAUAUUUGAUUGUUGUUAUUAUUAUUAUUAUUUUUUGUUUGUUUUUUGGAGACUAAAUAAAAUGCACUCCAUUUGUUCUCAAGUGGAAAGAUGUACAAAAAUACCAAGAUUGGAUGGAUUUUCAGUUCAUGUCAGCAAUGUCCUAGUAAAUACUUGUACUGACUGAGAUUCUCGCAUUGAAGGCAUUUGACGAGCUAUUGUAUUAGCCUACUGGCUGCCUGUUAUGGGGACUGUGCAUUAUGUUGUUUUGUUUGAAACUAAUAGAGAAUGGUUGGGAAACUUGUCUUAAACAUUUGUAUGCGCUGCCUGACUGGAGUCGUAAUCUAAGCUAGGCAGCGUAAAAAUUUCCUCUGACUGUAUUUAAUGCACUUGUUAAGAAAUUGAUGAUGACAGCUUUUAUUUUAUGUGUGUAUUUUCGAUUCAUGUUUUGCAUCAUUUAAAGUAUGAGUGCCAUUGUGGAAGGAAGGCCUUUUGAAGUAUUUGGUAACUCACAAGCAUUCAAUGAAUUACUAGAAUGUAAUCUGACAGAGGAAUAUUUCUGUAUUUCUGCACAUUGAUCUAAUGUUACAUGUUAUGAUGAUUCUGAAAUGUCAGCAUUGCCUUCCAUUCAGCUAAAUGUUUGAUUUUUGUCUCACCAACAAACAUCUUUUAGUGUUUUGCCAAUUGCAGAUCAUUUACAUUUUUUUUCUAAAUAAAAAAAGAACGCUGUACCAC